AACGGACGCGCGCGCGGCACCUUUAUAAAAACCUCGAACUCCGAGUCCUCCGUCCGCAGAUAAUAUGUAGCCGCGUCCCGUCCUACCGCUGCGACAGAUCCGAUCGCUGGAUCUCUCCCGUGUCCGAAUAAUAAUUGUUGUUGUUGUCGUUUUGAGUGAGCGCGGAUAUAACAUACAUGGUACCUGGUUUCCGGGUACCUGGCCGCCGAUGUCACCAUCACUACCUCCACCACCACCACCGCUACCACCAACACCGCCACCAUCGACCGCCGCCGCCGCCGUUCAUCCCCUCGUAAAUCGUGUGUGUUUACGCAGAAAUCACGAUACGUUUUACCCGCGUUAACCACCCCCACUACCGGUCGGAACCAAACGUCCGCCACUACCUAUACGCAUAUAUACACGAUACAUAGUCGCCAGUGUUCCACGACUUAUAAAUCGGAUCUGUUGGAAAGAAAGGUUAAAAUGUCAACGAUAUCAAGUUUUUGUGAUAUUUUGAUGGUAAAAGUGGUUGGAGACCCUGAUUGGAGGCAAAGAUUUGUCGUGCUCAGCAAUAGUACACUAUGGAUUUAUGGGGAUGAUCAAGAUCCUCGAAGGACAAAAAUUCACGCAGUAAGAGACCUAGCAGUAUGCCGAAGAAUUUGUGAUGGAAGUCACUUAGUCUUGCAUAUUAAAAACAUAGCUAAAUUGGAUUGGUUUAAGAUAAAAUUUAACACAGAGAAACAACUAAUUGCUUGGAAGAAACGUAUGCGACAAGUAAAAGAAGCUUGGAACGAAGAGACUUAUUUUCAAUACCUUAAUCAAAAAUCUCAGCUCAGAUCUCCAUAUGAACCGUUAACUAGGAUAAAUCAGCAGGUGCCCAGUAAUAAACUAUCAAAACCUCCACGCUUGCCAUUUUCUAGGAGCCGUUCACUUCAAGAAAUAAUAAGUUGGGAAAAGUUACCCAUGACACUUAUUCAAGUAAAUAAGGAAAUGCUUUGUGGAAUAAACGAUAUAUACUCAAUUUUAGUCAGAGUUCGAUUAUCAAUCCUAGAAAACGAAAUGGCUUACAAUAGAGAAAUGGACAAAAUGUUAGUCGCUUUUAAAAAACGAGCUUUAUGGCCUGAUUAUUUCCUAAUGGACGACAAAUCGUUAAUUGAACAAACGCUAUCUAAAUUAAAGGAAAGUUCAGACACUCUUUUGCACGACGUCGAAGAUAUGUGGCCAGAUGCUCCUAUGGUAUUACAGAGUUUGGAUGAUCUAGCCGAUCUAUUAAUUAAACACUUGAAAUCAGUGGCAAGGACCCGAAUGAUUACAUAUUGCCAUCUUUUACGGGAUUUUAGGCCGUUUUUACGCAAUAAUUUAGAGAGCGUGGACGACAUAUACGCAGACGUGUACAGCGAACACUUUUAUAUGGAACGAGCGCUUUUGCCAAUCUUCCGGGUGUAUAAGUUAAAAGGCAUAUCUAAAAAGUUGGCGGUCAUGUUAUCUACUGAGAAAGACAUCAAUAGUGCACGUUGGAACAAGCUUUUCGACCUGUGUCAAGAGACGCUGACCGAGACGUACGGCGAGCUGUCUAGACUGUUUGGCGACUACUACGCGCUGAGCGUGACGCAGUUGUUCGCGUUCAGCGACAAGCACGCGGCGUUCGAGCGCAACGGCAACAUGAGCCUUUUCGAGAAGUUCGAACUGGCCAGGGAGGUGAGCGAGAUAUGCGACUCGGUGGUGCCGCUCAUCAAGGUGGUGAUCGUCGAGGGCGGCAAGCGCGGCGACGGCACCGCCGAGGCCGUGUCCGACGACGUGGUGGCCGCGGUGGAGGCCGCGGCGGCCGGUAACCGGCGCUGGUCCGGCGCCGAUUGUUGGGACGACUGCGACAACGGGUACGGGAAGCGGGACGGCGGCGGACUGGCCGCCCGGCCGUUCGAGAGAACGACAUGCAAAAAUCCGUUCGGCGCCAUCAUGGAAUACGACGUGGACAGGAAGGCGGCGUGCCGAAAGAACUGCGGCGGUGGCGGCAACAGGAACAACAAGAACAACAAGCUGCAGAGGAAGACCGCGGCGGCCGGCAAGUGCAUCGAGCUCAAGGUGUACUCGCGUUCCGUCAACUAUUUCCACGAACAGAUCGACGAACAAGCGGUCGGCUGCGGCGGAUUCGUCGCGACGCGCAAGCCGUCUGCCGCCUUACUGCCCAGCUGUUGAUGGGUCGCACAAUAUAUUAUUAUGUAUGAUGUGAAUGUGAAAUGUUGACACGUAUGUGUGUUUUUAAGGACCGAGAGUGGUCGAUAGGAGAGGGAUGAUGCGAUGGUUUCGUCCUCGAUCGCAAUUAUUUGGAUUUAACUAUUACUACAACAAGAGCGUCGAAAACAAUAUUAUUAUUAUUAUUUUUUUUUUUAAAUCGAAAAGCAUUACGCCUACGCAUUAUUAUAUACGCACACGCACACACACGCACAAGGCGCCUGCGACAUUUCCGGCGAUCGUCUGCAGUAUAGGUACACCGGUACGAUAUAGUGAAGUGCUCAGGUUUUUCGAAAGUAGCAGGGCAUAUAUUAUAAUAUAUGAUUUUUGACUGUUCUCAGACCACUUUAGAACAUAAAAAAAAAAAAAAAUUGAAAAAUUAAAAACAUAAUAUAUUAUACUUGCAUUCUCUCUAAAAGUGCUAGAUUAUUAUUGAUAGAUCCAUUGAUCGCGUGCGAGGAAAAUCACAACUUUCAAAUAAAUCACACAGAAAAAAUUAUUGAGUUUAGAAUUUUCAGUUAAACGAUCACUACGAGAAAUCAAUAGAUAGAAAUGAACCAAGGGGAGGGAUACAACACGUUCACACCGAAUCCGCGAGCAUGUUCGUGCACGUGCACGUGUGACAUCCACACGUGUUCAGUGCGGCGCGAUCUGUAUUCUGAUAUCACAAUCGAUCCGGUGUGACGUACCGAUAAUAUUAUAACAGUUGGGAGCAAGGCGUACACCAUUUGGGCAUUCUACCGAAAACGUCGCACGUAUGGGCGAGCAUUAAUUCCAAAAAAAAAUAAAAAAAAAAAUACUACUAUUUUUGUGGACGAGUAUGAAUAGGUUUAUACUUUUAUAGGUACUUAAAUGUAUAUUAGUAAAAAUAUUUAUACUUACUUUAAUUGUUGAAAAGAUGAAAA